AUGUUCUUACAUAGACUAUCAUAUACAUCAUCUAUUCGCAUCUUCUCCAGACCUCAAAAUGAUGGCCCGGCUGAACGUGCUUCGUCGUUUAUUUUAAUUGCAGAUAGUAUUCUUAAACAAUCCGGUGAUUACACCUAUGUUUUUGGAACACUUAAACCUGCAAUUUUCAAGGAUUUGGAUUAUGUAGUGAGUACUUGGUCCGACGGAUGUUUCGAUCUCUGGGAGAAAGCCAACGGUGUUCACUUUUACACACUCAUCGUCAUGCGCAAAGGUUUGAUCCACGGUGCAAAUUUCGCUACACGUAACGGUGACACCACACGUGCCUCCACCUACACCACUACCGCCAACACCCUCAAAACCAAAAUCGAUACCUUUUGGUCCGGUACCUACAUUACCGUCACCCAACGUCUCACAGGGGGUGUUCAAAAAGCCGGCUACGAUGUCUCUACCUUGAUCGCUGCUAAUUCAGGUUCCCUCUCAGACGGUUUCUAUACACCCGGAUCCGAUAAAAUCUUGGCCACCGCUGUCAUUGUUGAAAGCAAGUUUAGUUCUCUCUAUGAUAUCAAUGUCAAUGCUCCUUCUUAUUUGGGUACAGCUAUCGGUCGAUACCCCGAGGAUACAUAUAAUGGUAACGGGAAUGGACAAGGUAACCCUUGGUAUUUGGCAACCAGCGCCUAUGCAGAACUUUAUUAUCGUGCUAUCAAGGAAUGGACACUAGCGGGUCAAGUCAAGGUCUCCUCCAUUAGUUUACCCUUUUUUAAGAAAUUCGAUACGGCUGCUGUGGAAGGGACCGUGUACAAGGUCGGUACAGCUGAUUUUAAUACCAUGACACAAAAUGUCGCGUUGGGUGCGGAUAAGUUUCUUUCUACCGUUAAAAAUUAUGCAUUGACCAAUGGGUCGAUGUCUGAACAAUAUGAACGGGGAUCUGGAAAGCCUACGGGGGCAAGAGAUCUUACUUGGUCGCAUGCUGCACUUAUUUCUGCUGCUCGUGCAAAAGCUGGUGCUCCUUCUGCUUAGCUGUUUAAAUAAAAAUAAAAACUCUGUUCUCAUAACUAUCAAAGACUGUAUUUUGGGUGAUGAUUUGACGUCUUAUUACAAUUAUUUAUGCAGAGAAGUCAAAUUAUUGUUUAUCAGAGUUGUUGUUUAAUGUAAAUCAACGCAAAUAAGAGAUGGCUUUAAUCAGUUGUGUAUAAUAUGUGAUUUUAUUGAAGCAGUGAUACGUUAAAUAUAAGCAAGUGUCAAUGGCUCGAUUAUAUUUUCUG